AUGCAGGCCCCGCCCGAGCAAUUCUCCUUGCCUGUGGGCACGAACAUGCAUGCUUCUGCGUCAGUUACACAGCAGCGGAGACCCUCUGGGCAGUCCCGGCGACUAUCAUCCAUCCGCUCUGGAAAUUCUGGUCCUGCUAUUUCUACCCGACACUCGGUCUCGUCCGUCAAUGCACGCAAUGCUGCGCGUGAUGGCUCACAACAGCAGCAGGAGCAGCUUCGCCGCGCGUCACUUUCGGCGUCUACACAGUCGUCCCCGCCAAAGUGGUGGCGGAUUCGUUUCUUCCGUGGCAUGAUGAAUGAUGUCAAGCGUAGGGCACCGUAUUACUGGAGUGAUUGGACUGAUGCGUGGGACUAUCGCAUUGUGCCCGCUACGGUGUACAUGUACUUUGCAAAUAUUCUUCCCGCUCUGGCUUUCUCGUUGGACAUGUUUGAGAAGACGAAUCAGAGCUUCGGUGUUAAUGAGGUACUGCUCGCGUCUGUACUUGGAGCUGUCGUAUUUUCUGUCUUUGCUGCUCAGCCAUUGGUCAUCGUCGGCGUCACUGGUCCGAUUACUGUCUUCAAUUACACCGUCUACGAUAUCAUCACACCAAGGGGCACACCGUACCUGGCUUUCAUGUGCUGGAUCGGAAUUUGGUCAUUGAUCAUGCACUGGGCCCUUGCCAUCACAAAUGCUUGCAACGGACUUACUUAUGUCACACGCUUUUCAUGCGAUAUCUUCGGGUUCUACGUCGCAUUCAUCUAUCUUCAGAAGGGUAUUCAGGUUCUCACUCGCCAAUGGGGUACCGUUGGGGAGACUUCGGCAUAUCUAGCUAUCAUGGUGGCGCUUCUCGUCCUCAUGGUAGCUUGGAUUUGUGGAGAACUUGGCAACAGUAACCUCUUCAAGCGAUGGAUUCGAAAAUUCUUGGAGGACUAUGGUACCCCAUUGACUAUCAUCUUCUUCACUGGCUUCGUGCACAUCGGACACAUGCGCGACGUGGAUGUUUCCACCUUGCCGACAAGCAAGGCUUUCUUCCCCACGCUUGAUCGGCCCUGGCUGGUGCGUUUCUGGGACAUUGACGUUGGUGAUAUCUUUCUGGCUAUUCCAUUCGCUCUUCUUCUUACAAUUCUGUUCUACUUUGAUCACAAUGUCUCGUCUCUCAUCGCCCAAGGUACUGAGUUCCCUCUUCGGAAACCCGCUGGCUUCCAUUGGGACAUUUGGCUGCUCGGCCUCACCACCUUUGUUGCCGGAAUUCUUGGUAUCCCUUUCCCCAAUGGGCUUAUUCCCCAGGCCCCUUUCCACACUGCUGCUCUCUGCGUCACCCGCCAGGUAGCCGAUGAAGACGAUACGAACAAGGGGAAGGCCAUCCGAGUCACCGACCACGUAGUCGAACAGCGCGUCAGCAAUCUUGCUCAGGGACUCUUGACUCUGGGCACGAUGACCGGUCCGCUUCUAAUUGUUCUCCACCUGAUUCCGCAGGGCGUCAUGGCUGGCCUAUUCUUCAUCAUGGGAGUCCAAGCUCUCCAAGGCAAUGGCAUCACCCAGAAACUGAUUUUCCUCGCUCAAGACAAAGAUUUCACUCCAGGAUCAAACCCCUUGAAAAGAAUCGAGCGUCGAGCAGCUAUCUGGGCCUUUGUCAUUGUCGAGCUAAUUGGCUUCGGUGCAACUUUUGCCAUCACCCAGACCAUCGCUGCUAUCGGUUUCCCUGUGAUUAUUCUCCUGCUUAUCCCUGUACGAUCGUUCCUGUUCCCAAUGUGGUUCACCCGUGAGGAACUCAACAUCCUGGAUGCGCCUACUGCUAGCCCUUUUACUAUGGAAAGCGUCGGUGGUACUCAUGGCUUGGAAGAAGAGACUGCGGAUUCGACGGCCACGGGGGCAGACAUUCCCUCGGGUGGUGGCAAUGGAGUUCUGAGAGGUCGAUCUUCCUCUUCAGAGUCAGCAGUCGAGGAGGAUGACCUAGAGAGAGGAGAGGCAUACGAGCUUCAAUCGACUGUUCAUCGGCGCAGUAGUCACAGUCGAGUUGACUAA